AAAUCAGAAGUAACAACUAUAUCUUAUACUGAAGAACGACAAAAAAUCGAAAACAGUUUAAUAUAUAAAGAAUUCAACAAACCAAAAAAGAAUAAAGAUCUUGAAAACUUUGAUAAAUAUUUAAUUAUCUUGGGAGCAAUAGUUCUUGCAGAACAAAAACCAGAAGAUCUUGAACACAGAUAUUGGAUAGACAAAUUAAUCCAAAAACAAUUGCAAAGUGAAUUAGAACUAAAACCAGAUUUUAAUUUAACAAACUUUAGAUAA